AUGCUAAACGUCCUUGGUGAAAAGACGCCUAACAUAAAACUCAAAUCCAAGUUGUUGGGAACGCCAGUUUGUGUUUUAUCUUUUGAAAUUAAAAACUUACGAUCAACGUCCUUUGGUAAAAUGGUACGCCAGUUUGUUUUUUCUUUAUGGAGAUUAAAAACCUUACGCUCAACGUCCUUGUAUAACGGUUCAUACUGCCUCGAAGUAUUGCGGUCGACGCCUAACAUAGAAUUCGAUUCCGGGAUGCUUUUAGGAAUGAUUG